AUGAUAUUGCGUAAGCUUGAACAUCGCACCAGUUACCAAAGCUUGAAAGAGGAACUGAAGAGAGCAAGUGAUGACCUUGUCAGGAAAGAAAAUGAAUGUAGAAACGCUAUUGAAUCACUUGAACAAGAUCACGCUAUGAGGAUUAAUGAGUUGGAGACUCAGGUCAGUGAUUUAUCAAGUCAAAAGGCAGCAAAUGAAGCAACCAUAAAUGAGCUCCAUCAAGAUUUGGCUACGCAUAGGAACCAUAUAGAGGCUUUAAAGAGCAGGUUGGAACGAAUUCAUUCUGAUGUGGAAUCCAGAUAUCAUUAUGAGAUUCAGGAUUUGAAGGACUGUCUCCUAAUUGAACAAGAAGAGAAAAAUGAGCUAAGCAAGAAGCUUCAGGAUUUGGAAAAGGAAUUGCUUAUUAGCAGAACAAAGCUGGCUGAGCACCAAAGAGAUUUGACAUCAAAUCGACAUGUUGAAACACUCAAGCAGAAGAUUAUGAAACUUCGGAAGGAGAAUGAAGUCCUUAAAGGACAACAACUCGGUUCUAAAAAGGGUUAA